AUGGCCGGGGCUGGCCAGGACCGCGGAGAGCUGGCGCAGUGUGAACUAGAGCUGCUAGAGAGUGCUGGUCUUCCUGGGAGGCCUGCUCAGGACAUCAUCGUUCCUCCCUCACACGCUUCCCUGCUUUCUGCAGCUCCGCUGGGACUCUACUUCUCCAGGGAUGCUUACUGGGAGAAACUGUACGUGGACCAGCCGGCUGGCAUGCCCCUGCUCUACGUCCAUGCUCUGCGGGACGUCCCUGAGGAGGUGCCCAGUUUCCGCCUGGGCCAGCAUCUCUACGGCAUCGCCUACCGUGCAAGGCUGCAUGAGAACGACUGGAUCCGCAUCGAGGAGGACACAGGCCUUCUCUACCUUAACCGGAGCCUGGAUCACAGCGCCUGGGAGAAGCUCAGCAUCCGCAAUGGCGGCUUCCCUGUACUCACCAUCUACCUCCAGGUCUUCCUGUCGUCUGCGUCCCUGCGUGAGGGCGAGUGCCAGUGGCCAGGCUGUGCCCGUGUGUACUUCUCCUUCAUCAACACCUCCUUCCCGGCUUGCAGUUCUCUCAAACCCCGGGAGCUCUGCUUUCCUGAGACAGGUGUCUCCUUCCGCAUCAGAGAAAACAGGCCUCCUGGCACCUUCCACCAAUUCCGGCUGCUGCCUGUGCAGUUUCUCUGCCCCAACAUCAGUGUGUCCUACAGGCUCCUAGAAGGUGAGAAUCUGCCCUUCCGUUGCGCCCCGGACAGCCUGGAGGUGAGCACACGCUGGGCCCUGGACCGCGAGCUGCGGGAGAAGUAUGAGCUGGUGGCCGCGUGCACGGUGCGCGUCGGCGCGCGCAAGGAGGAGGUGGUGAUGGUGCCCUUCCCUGUGACCGUGUACGAUGAGGACGACUCGGCGCCCNAACCAGGGCUUGGAGCUCCACUCCUGCGGGCCCCUGAAAAAGACAGCUCACCCUGCUCCCUGGCCCGGGAGUCAUGUUGGGGUUCCUGGUCUGCUUGGUGUGUAGGUGAGAAUCUGCCCUUCCGUUGCGCCCCGGACAGCCUGGAGGUGAGCACACGCUGGGCCCUGGACCGCGAGCUGCGGGAGAAGUAUGAGCUGGUGGCCGCGUGCACGGUGCGCGUCGGCGCGCGCAAGGAGGAGGUGGUGAUGGUGCCCUUCCCUGUGACCGUGUACGAUGAGGACGACUCGGCGCCCACCUUCCUCGGGGGCUUCGACACCGCCAGCGCUGUGGUGGAGUUCAAGAGGAAGGAGGGCACCGUGGUGGCCACAAUACGUGUCUUCGACGCAGAUGUGGUGCCAGCAUCUGGGGAGCUCCUGAGGAGAUACACAAGCACACUACUCCCUGGGGAGGCCUGGGCCCUCCAGACAUUCCGCAUCGAGCACUCACCCAACGAGACCUUGGUCCAGGCCAAUGGCAGCUUUGUGCGGGCAACUGUGCAUGACUACAGGCUGGUUCUCAACCGGAGCCUCCCCAUCUCAGAGAGCCGCUCCCUGCAGCUGGCCGUGCUGGUCAAUGACUCGGACUUCCAGGGCCCCGGGGAGGGCGUCCUGCUCCUCCACUUCAACGUGACCGUGCUGCCUGUCAGCCUGCACUUACCCAGCGCCUACUCCUUCACUGUGAGCAGGCGGGCCCGCCGCUUUGCCCAGAUUGGGAAAGUCUGUGUGGACAACUGCCAGGAGUUCAGCGGCAUCCACGUGCAGUACAAGCUGCAGCUCUCCAGCACCAACUGCAGUGUCCUGGGGGUGGUCACCUCAGCCGAGGACACCACGGGGACCCUGUUCGUGAAUGACACGGAAGCCCUGCAGCGGCUCGAUUGUUCUCAACUCCAGUACACGGUGGUGGCUGCCGACCGGCCAACCCGCAGGCAGACCCAGGCCCCGCUGGUCGUCACCGUGGAGGGGACGUAUGUGGCUGAGGAGCCAGGCUGCCCCCUGUCCUGUGCAGUCAGCAAGAGGCGGCCUGAGUGUGAGGAGUGCGGCGGCCUGGGCUCUCUGACGGGCAGGUGCGAGUGGAGACAGGGAGAUGGCAAAGGGAUCACGAGGAACUUCUCCACCUGCUCCCCCAGCAUCAAGACCUGCCCCGAUGGCCACUGUGAUGCUGUGGAGAGCAGAAAUGUCAACAUCUGCCCCCAGGACUGCCUCCCAGGGAUAGAUGUCUUUGUGCAAGAUUAUCAGCCAGACAUCAGGCUUAGCAGGCUGCCCUUCCUCGUGAAGAUCACGUAA